AUGAGCAAAUCAGAUUCCAACCACCUUAUCGGCCCUCAAAAGUACUUUUCUGAGCAGCUUGAUAAAUUCAAGCCAGGUCAUCCUGAACAUCAAAAGAUGAUGGAACUAUCGAAAGACUUAGAAUUGAUUAGGCAGGAAUUACACAAAUCGAAAGCAAGCACCAUACCUCGCAUCAGGCAUAGCACCCUUCCGAAAAAGCUGGUAGCCAGCAGAGAUAUGGUUGAGAUGAUUGAUCUGACGGAUGAUAGUCUAGAGAGUUCCGAUUCGGAGGGUGAUUGCGAGGAAAUAAUGGACCAGCUGGUGGCGUAUUUAUGA